GGCGAGGAUAAAGCAAGAUGGCGUCUGACGGUGAAGACAUUAUUGCAGUCGUCACAGUUCAGUGUUCUUAAUCUAUGCCUCCAUGUACACAUAUAUGUCCUUUAUUAGACUCUAGUAAAUAGAGUAAACAUCGUUAAUAACUGUUUGCAUCCGGUUAUAUUAGUCUGAGCGCACUUUGAUGCUUCUCGAGCUAGCUUAGCCUGCUAGUUAGCUUAGCUUGUUAGCUGCUAACAAAGAGAGGCGGAAGUGAUCAAAACACAUCACUAAGUAAAGAUCAAGUGUGAGUGUAAAGUGUUGUGAUUGUGUGAAAAUGUGCCAAAGAACCACAGCAGAGUACGAGGAGGAACUUUAUCCAACAAAAGAGGAGAAGGAGCAACAACAUGAAAAACAUCAAGUUGUGUUACACAGAACAGACAUCCAUCAGCUGAUUGGACACCAAGAAGAAUGUCUCCCUCAUCUGCAGGGGGACAGUUUCACUGUAAAGUAUCCACAGCCCUCACAUUUUAAAGGGGACAAGGAGGUUCCACAGCCCUCUUAUUUCAAAGAGGAAGAGGGGGGAGAGUGUCCUGUAGGGCAGGAGGAGGCUGAUGUCAGCAAGUUUCCCCUGACUGUUGUCUCUGUGAAGACUGAAGAGCAUGAAGACAAACCACCUGAGUCCUCACAGCUUCAUCACAGUCCAAAUGUCUGUGAAGAACAUCUUCACCCUCAGCAACAAAAGUGGAGCUUCAGGAUGCGGACAGAGGAGCCACAGCCCUCCCACAUUAAGAAGGAAGAGGAAUACCCACUGAUACACCAUUUUAAAAAGGAAGAGGAGGACCCACUGACAUCCCAUUUUAAAAAGGAAGUGGUGGAUCCACUGACCCCUCACUCUAAGGAGGAAGAGGAGGACCCAGUGACCCCUUACAUUAAAGAGGAAGAGGAGGAAGAGGGCAUCAGUCAGCCUAAAUGGUUGGAGGAGUUCCCAGUGACUGGUGUCCCUGUGAAGAGUGAAGAUGAUGAGGUGAAAGGUGAAAGUGAGGAGAGGGGAGGGGGGGAGCCUCCAAGCAGCAGCUCAACACAACACAUGACAACAGAAGCUGAUGGAGACCACUGUGGAGGAUCACAAGCAGACAAGCUCUUAGCUCCACUAUCAGAUAGUGAGGACACAACGUCACACUCUCCUGACACUGAUGAUGAAGACUCUAAAGAUGAUAAGACAUGUCACACUGACAACACUCACUUCACAUCUUCUCACUGUCACAAAACCUUUAAAUACCGUCGUAAUCUGAAAAGACACAUGAGAACACACACUGGAGAAAAACCUUUUUCUUGCUCAGAAUGUGGUAAAGGUUUUACACGAAGUCAACAUUUGAAAGUACACAUGAGAACACACACUGGAGAAAGACCUUUUUUAUGUUCAAUCUGUGGUAAAGAUUUUACUCGAAGGUACUAUUUAAAAUCACACAUGAGUACACACACUGGAGGAAAACAUUGUUCCUGCUCAGAAUGUGGUAAAAAAUAUACUCAAAGCCAUAAUUUGAAAACACACAUGAGAACACACACUGGAGAAAAACCUUUUUCAUGUUCAAUCUGUGGCAAAAAUUUUACUCGAAGGCAAAAUUUUAAAACACACAUGACAAUACACACUGGAGAAAAACCUUUUUCAUGUUCAAUUUGUGUCAAAAAUUUUACUCAAAGGCAAUCUUUGAAAGUACAUAUGAGAUUACCACUGGAGAAAAUAAAAUUUCCUGCUCAGAAUGUGGUAAAAGUUUUGUAAUAAAUCAAGGUUUAAAAGUACAUAUGAGAACACACGCUGGAGAAAAACCUUUUUCAUGUUCAAUCUGCGGUAAAGAUUUUACUCAAAAGAAGCAUUUCAAAGCACACAUGACACUACACACUGGAGAAAAACCUUUUUCAUGUUCAAUCUGCGGUAAAGAUUUUACUCAAAAGAAGCAUUUCAAAGCACACAUGACACUACACACUGGAGAAAAACCUUUUUCAUGUUCAAUCUUUGGUAAAAAAUCUAUUCGAAGGCAACAUUUAAAAACACACAUGAGAAUACACACUGGAGAAAAACCUUGUUCCUUCUCAUAAUGUGGUAAAAGUUUUGUCAUAGGACAAAGUUUAAAAGUAAAAAUGAGAACACACGCUGGUGAAAAACCUUUCAUAUGUUCAGUAUGUUGUAAAAGUUAUAUAGAAAGACGACAAUUAAAAUUACACAUGAUAUAGCACUCUGGUGAAAAACCAUACUCCUGUUCAAGCUGCGAUAAAAGCUUUGGUCACCUAAACACUCUUACAGUACACAUGAGAAGACACCCAGGAGAGAAAGUGCUGAGUUGCAGUGUGUGUGGUGAAAGAUUGUCUUCUAAGUACCAGUGUAAGAAACACAAGUGUGCUGGUGAGAACAGCAGCAGCAAAUGAAACUGCAGGAUUUGAAAUAAACUGUCCAGACUUUCAUUUUGACUUUCUAACAACAUCAGCACAUAUAACAUGUGUGACAUUGUUGUUUAUUAGUGUGUUUAUUACAGUCAAGUACAUGAGUUAAUACACACAUUUGUGUACUUUAAAAUGAACAGAACAAUUUGACUGAAAGGGUGAGAAUAAACAGUACAUAAAAUUAUGUUACAUGCAAUAAACAUUGUAUGUGUAAAUAUCCAUAAUUUACCUCUAUACUUAUUCAUAAUAGUGUUUUAUAUGUUUUUUGAAGAAUGGUUGAUUGGCAACACUAAAUGUUCCCUAGUGUGUGAAUGUGAGUGUGAAUGUUGUCUGUCUAUCUGUGUUGGCCCUGUGAUGAGGUGGCAACUUGUCCAGGGUGUACCCCGCCUUCCACCCGAUUGUAGCUGAGAUAGGCGCCAGCGCCCCCCGCGACACCGAAAGGGAAUAAGCGGUAGAAAAUGGAUGGGAUGGAUGGACGUGUUACAUAUUUUAUUUUCUAAUUGUAGAUAAUUCCAUAGAUGAACUCCUUUAUAUGAUGUACAUAUUUGUUUUACAUGUGUUCAUACCUUUGCUUUUGAGUACACAUAAAUCCCUCUUAGUUCAUAUUUACUGCUUCACAUCUGAAACAUCUUCUGGACCACUUCUGGAAGCAUAUUAUUAUUUAAUUCAUACAUCAUUUGAACAGUUGUAUUUUAUACAAGAUCUUUUACUUUUAUAAUGUGUGAUUUUUUGAAUAAUUUGUUGGGUCUCUAGAAUCCUUUCUAUUAGUUGUCUUUAUUACUCUCUUGUGUAAUAUGAUGAUUGUUGUGUGAUUGUUUUAUAUGUAUGUCCCCAGACUUUUAUGCAAUAAACAAUGUAUGUUUCAACUGAA